UAGGAAUCAAAGAAGAAGAAUAUUUAGUUUAUCGUAACUUUUAUCUUUUGUCUUUUAGGAAAAUUAGAAGUACCUUAACUUUUAUCUUUUAUGCGCAACAAGAGGUAUCAUAGCCUAGUUUCGAGAACCGAGCUCGGAUGGGCUCUCGCCAGGGCAAUGGUUGCGCCAUAUCUAGAAGAUUAUGAAGCGUAUCCAAAAGUUAUUGGAGGAUGGAAGGCGUGCAGCCGAUGGAGGCCUAGCAAGGCCGACCUGCGAAUCCUCAAGAGUAAUGCCGAGGAAGAGGUCGAACCGGGAAUUGAUUCCUCUGCAUCUGAUGGAACGAGCUCUGGAAGGCUCUCAAUCGGGGAGCAAACGCAACGUACCGUGGAGAUCAUUGAGUGUAACACCACGCACUUAGAAGCAUGGCGUCUAUGGAUGGAUACCAGUGACCCAACCGAAGCAGCGAAGGCACUUGAGGCCAUGGAGAUGAUGGAGAAGUCGAUUUCCUCGAUCGCAACCCAUCAUGUUAGCGUCGUCGUAGAUCAUAGCGGAUACUAAGCUCAUAGAUGAAGUAGACAUCGAUGGUCGAGUCAUUCUCUCCUUAGUCGGGUAGAGCUUCAACUGAUUAUGAGUGUAAAGUUGGUUUCUAACUGAGUUCUAAGAUCCUAUUUCUAGUACAAGAGAGAGUGAGUAAACUGGGGCUUUUCCUCCUAAACUAGGCCAGAAGCUUCGUAACACCACUAAAACAAAUGGUACGAGUUGUUAAACAAAUAUGGAUACUACUUCAACAUAGGUGGAUACCAAUUUGUGGAUUUUGGAUACUAGUUCAUCAAAGUUUGCAUACUAGUUCAAGUAUAGUUGAAUACUACUUAUCUAUGUGUAGAUACUAGUUCAUGCAAUUUAUUUAAUAAUUCAUCAAAGUCUAGAUACUAGUUCAUUAAAACAAAAAUUCUACCAAGUGUGCAACAAAACAUGGUAUCCAUGCCCUGUGUUGAAGUAGUAUCCAUGUUUUGUUGAACACUUGGGUAGCAUUUUGGUUUUAAUGAACUAGUAUCCAGACU